AGUAGUGGGGUUCAAAUGGUCAACCUUUGUGUAGAGAGAAUUCAGAGAAAAAGGGUCUUUCAUAAUUUCUUACACCCAGAUUCAUUUCUUCACAUAUUCAUUCCUCUGAUUUAUAAUCAUCUCCCAAGCCACCCACCCACCCACCGAACUCCAACUCCUCUCUAUGUACCAAAAAGUCUUACUCAUUCUCUCCUUCUUAAUAAGACCCCUUCUUCAUUUUUCUCAUCCUCAAACUCUUUCUCUUUCAUUAUUUCUCUCACUAACAACCCACACUAAAUGGAUUUAGAUGGUAGGUGUAACACUGGCCUUGUUCUGGGUUUAGGUUUCACUGCGAUUAACAAUGAUCAGAACCCUUCAAAACCCAUCAUCCCUAAGAAGCCUCAACCACCACCGUCUGAGCCAUCUCUUACUUUGAGUCUUUCCGGUGAUUUCUAUCAUGGAGUUGCUGCCAAAAAGAGUGGUGUUAUUGAUGUGAACAAAGGUUUUGAAGAUGCUGCUGCUGUUGUUACUGCUCAUCAUGACGUGUAUCGUCAAGGUUCUCCUCCUCAUAGUGUUGUUUCUUCAUUUUCUAGUGGCAGGAUCAAAAGGGAGAGAGAUCUUAGCUGUGAAGAGGCCGAGGUCGAGAGGGUUUCUUCGAGAGUUAGUGAUGAAGAUGAAGAUGCUGUUAAUGCAAGGAAAAAACUUAGACUCACCAAAGACCAGUCUGCUCUUCUGGAAGAAAGCUUUAAACAACAUAGCACUCUCAAUCCUAAGCAGAAACUAGCUUUAGCAAGGCAGUUGAACCUUCGACCAAGACAAGUUGAAGUAUGGUUCCAGAACAGAAGAGCAAGGACAAAGCUGAAGCAAACGGAGGUUGACUGCGAGUUCUUGAAGAAAUGUUGUGAAUCACUGACUGAUGAGAACAGGAGGCUGCAGAAAGAGCUUUCAGAUCUCAAAGCCUUGAAACUAGCGCAACCCUUUUACAUGCAAUUGCCGGCGGCCACGCUCACCAUGUGCCCCUCUUGUGAAAGGAUUGGCGGCGUCGGUGAUGGAGCAUCUAACAAGCCUUCAUAUUCAAUGGCUGCAAAACCUACUCACUGCUAUAAUCCCUUUGCCAAUUCGGCAGCUACUUGUUAAAUAGGAUUCAUUAGGACAAUCAAACAAGAAUUGAUACAUAGAUCAUGAACCCAGAACCCCUCCUAUUUUUUUGUUUUAGGGUUGUAGUGGUAAAAAAACCAAAGAACGAGUUAAUGUAAUUAAUUUAUUCGUACAACAUAGUUAUCUUAUCGCUGAUCAUCAAUCUCAUCAUAUAUUAUGAUCAUAUCUUUUUACAGUAAGCUUGUAAAUUUUUUAAACAAUAUUUAUAUAUCAUCGGAAUAUGCUUGUUGCCUUUAA